AUGAGAGAGCUGGUGAUAGUAGCGGCUCUGAUCUCGGCCCUGUACGCCAUCAGCCUCCCACCAGCAAGUGAAGUGGAAUAUAAAUGUCAAGAAGAUCAAGACAACAAUGCUACACGUGUAGCCGAGCAGUUCAUUAACAACCAUCAUCGCCAUGGAUACAAGUUCAAGUUUGUCUCCUUGGACAGUCGCACAGCAGAAGGGAAGGCUGAUGCUUGUGAGGUGGUCCUCAAAAUGACUUUAAAGGAAACUGAAUGUCACAUUGUGAACCCCAAACCCUUAGAUCAGUGUAACAUUAGAUCAGAGAGUGAGACGAGCGUGACAGCCAAAUGUAAUGUGACCAUCUAUAGCAUGGAGGGAAAAGCAGCUGUGAAAUGCUACAUUUGUGGCACUGAACCAGCUUCUCAUGAAUUGCUGGUGCGACAAUGUCCAGACUGCUCAGCUCUCCUGCCCCUUCAUGACCCUCAGGGUCUGGAAACUGUGAAAACUGCCCUGCAGAAAUUUAACAAGGAAUCUAACCAAACGUCUUAUUUUAAACUUGUUGAAGUAGGAAGAAUCAGCACCCAGUGGAUGUUUUCAGGUCAAGGCUUUUUUGCUGAGUUUGCCAUUGUGGAGACAGACUGUCCAAACAAGCAGGCAUCCCCAGAAGCAUGCAAGGCUUUAUGUGUGGAUCAGGCUCGGUAUGGGUUCUGUAAAUCCAGUAAGGUUCAAGAUUUGGAACCAACAGUGGAAUGUGAAGUUUUUGAAGCUCAUAACUCAACUCAACACAUGUACCAUCAUGGCCAUUCAAGAAGAGACUGCAAAUCCCACAGGCCCCCGCCUCACCACCAUCAUUGCCCAGAACACACAGGCCAUGGCCAUAAGGACAAAACACCUGAUCACAGUGGCCGACCUGAACACACAGGCCAUGGCCAUAAGGACAAAUCACCUGAUCACAGGGGCCGACCUGAACACGCUGGCCAUGGCCAUAAGGAGAAAACACCCGAUCACAGGGGCCGACCAGAACAUUCACAUCACGCUGACAAAGACAUACCCCACUGUCCAAAAGGCCCUUCAGCGGUCCCAGUAUCCAGGUCGGAGGGACACCAUGAAUUCCCCUGUCAUGGCUUUGUAAAAAUCCCCCCAUCUAUUUACCCAAUCUGUCCUUUUCCUCCACCACGUCCCUGCAGAGGACCUCCAGACUUUGCACCUCCACCUGCUCAGUAA